AUGGCUGUAUGUGGACUGAGGACGAUAUUGUUGAUUGUCUGCAUUUUAGAACUGAUUAUAACUAUACAAAGACAAGUAUUUGAUUUCCUGGGUUACAUGUGGCUUCCCAUCAUUGCUAAUUUUACUAAUAUUAUUUUGAUAAUAUUUGGAUCGUUUGGAGCAGUUCAGUACAUAUCAAAGUAUCUAUUAGCGUAUGCAAUAUGGAGUUUUGUCUGGUUGGUGUGGAAUGCAUUUCUGAUUUGUUAUUACUUAAACCUGGGGUCUUUAAACAGGGAUAGUGGUUUGUUAUCAUUGGGAACAGACAGUGUAAGUUGGUGGGAAGGCAAUGGUUGGGGCUGUCAACCUGUUUGGGAUGAGGUAGAUGGACCUGGCACCUGGAGGCCCUCAAGAGUUGAAGGUUGCUUCAUGCAAUGGCAGCAUGUUGAAUUGGGACAGUCCACAUUAGCUGCCACUCUGGCGGCUACAGCCUUACCUCUGUCGAUAGUAUUAGCCUUUAGGUCAUUUAAAAAGCAAAAACCAUCUAAAGAUAAAGGCACUUUAUCACGACGCCCUGUUUACACAAUAGAACUGAGCCAAACCGAAACAAAUAUAAACGAAACAUCGAUGAAACCAAUGACACCUCGACGUGUUAAAAGACGUUCUGGUUCACGAGGUAACAACUCCUCUGUUCGCCGAUCGAGACGAUCUUAUAGAAACGCUGGUUAUCUAUCAUCAAACGCUUCUUUACCUCGAGAGUCCCGAGUACCUCGUCCGACAUCGGCGCACUCGUCGUACUCUAAUUUCCACGCCGCACGACCAGCAUCGUAUCAUCCGCCAGAAAGAGAAAACAUUUCGAGCGUACAAGACACGUACGAUCCACCGCCACCCGCCGAAUCCGUUCCUAUAGUAACUUAUAAUAGGUAUAAUACAUUAGGGCGAAAUAGUAUUAAAUCAUCAGGUUACGAUGUAGUCGGACCUUACAACGAACCGAACCCACCCAGAAAAUACGAACAGAACAUUCCUUCAUACGACAACUUCGAGCGCGGUUAUGAGACUACGCCGAAUUACGAUAGCAGGGUGGACAAUGUAACUCCGUGUGAAUCUCCUUCGUACGUGUACGGCGGAGCGUACGCAGACAGCGCGUGGCAGGCGCCGCCGCCGCCCGCGCCGCCCUACAGCGCGCGCGCCACGCCGCAAGCGCCCGGCCCGCCCGCCUAUCAGCCCGCCAACGACCACUACCACGUCUCACCUUAG